CCUACACGCGCGCGCGCACACACAAACACAUAUAUGAACUCUCCUUAUUGUCCUUCUCUACCAGACCAUAUCUUAGUACCAAUUUCCCUUCUUUCUGUCUCUUAAAUCUCCAUUUCAUAUCUGGGAUUUCCUUGAUCUUAACCAGUUUUGGAUUUAAGUUGUUUUGGCAUGGCUACAUAUACUCCGAAGAACAUCCUAAUCACCGGGGCUGCUGGUUUUAUUGCAUCCCAUGUUUGCAAUAGGCUUAUCCGCAACUACCCUGAUUACAAAAUUGUUGUGCUUGACAAGCUUGACUAUUGCUCGAACUUGAAAAACCUCCUCCCUUCAAAGUCAUCUCCUAACUUUAAGUUUGUCAAGGGUGACAUUGGAAGUGCUGAUCUCGUCAACUUCCUUCUGAUCACUGAGUCGAUCGACACAAUUAUGCACUUUGCAGCCCAGACUCAUGUUGACAACUCUUUUGGUAACAGUUUUGAGUUUACCAAGAACAAUAUUUAUGGAACUCAUGUCCUUUUAGAAGCUUGCAAAGUCACUGGUCAGAUCAGGAGGUUCAUCCAUGUGAGCACGGAUGAAGUAUAUGGGGAGACCGAUGAAGAUGCUGUUGUAGGAAAUCAUGAGGCCUCUCAACUUCUCCCAACCAACCCUUACUCUGCAACGAAAGCUGGAGCAGAAAUGCUUGUUAUGGCAUACGGCCGGUCAUAUGGGCUGCCUGUGAUAACCACUCGUGGGAACAAUGUUUAUGGCCCCAAUCAGUUCCCUGAAAAAUUAAUCCCGAAGUUUAUCCUCUUAGCCAUGCAAGGGAAGGAUCUCCCCAUCCAUGGGGAUGGUUCUAAUGUGAGGAGUUACUUGUAUUGUGAGGAUGUUGCUGAGGCUUUUGAAGUCAUCCUUCACAAGGGAGAGGUGGGCCAUGUUUACAAUGUUGGGACAAAGAAGGAAAGGAGAGUGAUUGAUGUAGCCAAAGAUAUUUGCAAUCUUUUCUCAAAGGACCCUGAUAAAAGCAUCAAGUUUGUAGAGAAUAGACCGUUUAAUGACCAAAGGUACUUUUUGGAUGAUCAGAAGCUGAAGAUUUUGGGUUGGUCGGAGCACACUACAUGGGAGGAGGGGUUGAGAAAGACUAUCGAGUGGUACACUCAAAAUCCUGAUUGGUGGGGUGAUGUCACUGGAGCCCUGCUUCCUCAUCCAAGAAUGCUUAUGAUGCCUGGUGGGAGACAUUUUGACGGGUCUGAAGAGAACAAAGAUGCAUCUUAUGUCUCAAAUAAUUCAAAUCAGACCCGAAUGGUGAUUCCAGUUACAAAAGGAGGCACCAGCUCUCCUCGAAAACCUUCUCUUAAGUUCCUAAUCUAUGGCAGGACUGGAUGGAUUGGGGGUCUGCUGGGGAAGUUGUGUGAGAAACAAGGAAUUUCCUUUGAAUAUGGAAAGGGGCGCUUGGAAGAUCGAUCUUCACUUUUGUCAGAUAUUCAGAACAUUAGGCCUACCCAUGUUUUUAAUGCUGCCGGGGUCACUGGCAGACCUAAUGUUGAUUGGUGUGAAUCUCACAAGACAGAAACCAUACGCACCAAUGUUGCUGGAACUCUAACUUUAGCAGAUGUUUGCAGAGAGCACAACCUCCUGAUGGUAAAUUUUGCUACAGGCUGCAUAUUUGAGUAUGAUGCUGGUCAUCCAGAGGGUUCUGGCAUUGGUUUCACUGAGGAAGACAAGCCCAAUUUCAUUGGUUCUUUCUAUUCAAAAACUAAGGCCAUGGUCGAAGAGCUUUUGAGAGAAUAUGACAAUGUGUGCACGCUCAGAGUUAGAAUGCCAAUAUCAUCAGACCUAAGCAACCCGCGCAACUUCAUUACAAAAAUCUCUCGCUACAAUAAAGUAGUUAACAUUCCAAACAGCAUGACUAUCUUGGAGGAACUUCUACCUAUCUCAAUUGAGAUGGCAAAAAGGAACUUGAGGGGUAUAUGGAACUUCACGAACCCUGGUGUUGUGAGCCAUAAUGAGAUUCUGGACAUGUACAAGAACUACAUUGACCCGAACUUCACAUGGGUUAACUUCAACCUAGAGGAGCAAGCCAAGGUGAUAGUUGCCCCCCGGAGCAACAAUGAGUUGGAUGCGUCCAAGCUGAAGAAUGAAUUCCCCGAGUUGCUGCCAAUCAAGGAGUCCCUAAUCAAGUAUGUUUUUGAACCCAACAAGAGAACCUAAGCGAAAGAUUCAGUUGCAGAUCAUAUCUUGCAUUGCUGUGCCUCUGAGUACAGUAAUUAUAUUCUAAUAUUUUUGUUCUACUUGCUAUUCAUUGUUAGAUUCAUAUUAUGGUUUCUGCCAUAUUAGAGAGUAAGGAGGUUCUUUCUAUCACUACUUAGAUUGCUCAUCAUUCCUUUCCAAAGCAAACAAUUAUAGGUUUUUAAAAUUUGUAGUCAUCUGGGAGCUUGCAGGUGGGCCUCUUAUUAGACAAAUGUUUCGUCGUUCGAUUCUUAUCGCUGAGCUUUUCAAUUGAACACUCACUACUACCUUGUAAUGUUCAAGAUUUGCAGAAUUUAGUUUGUCUUCCAACAGCCAGUCCAAUAAUAAUAUUCCCAUUGCAGAAA